CCCCCGCGCACGCGCAGUCCUCACGAACGAGCGCGCCAAGCGCACAGCGCCGCCUUCCGGCAGAGACCUCCCACCAGCCCUCAGCUUCUAGCACCAGAGACCGCCUCCACCACCCCAUGUGCCAAGUGGAGUUCGAGCUGGCGCGCGCGGCCCUCAAGCAGCUGAAGGGUCCCGUGAGCGAUCAGGAGAAGCUGCUGGUCUACGGCUUGUACAAACAGGCCACCCAGGGCGACUGCGACAUCCCCGCCCCUCCGGCCUCAGACGUGAAAGCCAGGGCCAAGUGGGAGGCUUGGAGCGCGAACAAAGGGACGUCCAAGAUGGACGCCAUGAGGAGCUACGCGGCCAAAGUGGAGGAGCUGACGAAGAAGGAAGUGGGGGGCAUGGAGCGCCAACAAAGGGGCGUCCAAGAGGGACGCCAUAAGGGGCUACGCGUCCAGAGCGAGGAGCUGAGGAAGGAGGAGGCUGGCUGAGGGCUCCUCGGGAAUGGAAAGGGCUUGUUAGACCUUGAUGGCUGAAAUGUCCUGAAACUGUCGCAAGCUUAGCCGAGACAUCAAUAAAUCACUUAAACUGCAUGAGAGUAACCGCUGCUGUUGGAAAGGAGAAAUUCGGUGACUGAGGGCUGGGGAGGCGUCCAAAUACACAGACUUGCUUUUUGUAUGGUUUUGGGUGCAGUUCCCGGCCCUCCUAUUACAAGAGCGUAUGUAGAUAUUUGGCCGGAGAGAGGGGGACAGUGUGCUGUGGAAAUGCCCAAGAUCUGAGGGCAGGAGACCAUUCUCCAGUGACAGCCACUUGGGAGGCUGAGGCCCCAGCCCCUAAUCUCUUCAAGGCUGAUUCACUAAUACCCCAGCACCACAGAGGGGAGAGGGACUCUGUCCUAAAGUCAAGUCCAAAAGCCCCCGCUGGAACACAGGGCCUACCGAGUUCAUGUUUUGAGGGAGACCAAGCUUUCCGUGACGAUAAUGCGGUGAAACAAUUGAUGCGUCAGAACACAGCAGUUGAGAAACAAUGGAGCAGAUGGUGUCAAAAUCCCAGCCCCAGAAAGGUUCACCUAAGGCCGGGCAACCAAAAUGUUCUCGGGACUAUUCUGUACUUAACCCUGGUUUCUGCUUAGGGGAUGUUGGUGGGACAAUAUGCAUAUGGAUGUCUAUGUGGGAUUUGUUGCAAGAGCACAACACACUCCUUGACCUAUGCAAGUGCCAGAGUGUCUGAGCCCAGCUUCUACUCCUGUUAAUUAUCAUGGGGGCCUCAAUGCACAACCAUUGUGCAUGGCAGCUGGAGUAUGGAGUGGUAAAUGGUAUCGAGAGAGGCAGGUCUACAGUGGCAUAUGGGAUUUCCUGGUACUUCUUCCUUAAUAGAAACUGUUUUCACAGAUCAUGACAUCAGGUCAGCUCCAGUUCUCGCUGGGACCAAUAAACAAUAGAAGCAACAACCAUAAAGACUUCAGAGGACAAAGGAAACCAAACCUCACUGUCUUCAAGAUCUAUUCACAUCGUUGCAGGAAGUUGCUCUAGACAAAGUACAUUACUAAAGAAUGAAGCCCACCCAGGACAUCACAGUGACGAAAGAGCUAUUUCUCAUAACUGGACCAGGCGAGAGCCACACUGUAGGACAGCAGUGCUGCCCUCUCUUCUUUGGCGAAUGUUACGAAGACAUUCUGAUGCACUUAGGAUCAUGAUUCAUGUUAAAGGUAAAUUACUAGUAAAAAUAAUACACCUUGCUCCAAAAUGUGACAAUUUAGAAGCUGUCUAUAUAGCCAGACCACUCUAAAUCACAGAACCUAGAAAAUAAAAAUGUGCCAUAAUUAGGACAGCAGAAAGUAACAGUAAGAUAGUUGUUUUUUUUUUUUUUUU